GUUUGAUCGUUAAAGGGCGUAUCAAAUGUUUGAUUGCAAACCAUUUGUAUAGGUAGCAAUUUCAACACAUUUGUCGAAAGUGUGUAAUCCUAGAAUUUUUUAUUGUAUUGCAAGAAUUUUCUGUACUAUGUAUGAGCAAAGGGAUAAUAUGAAUUUGCAGCUUCGGAAACCAACAUACACAGAUGACGAUGAUGAUGAUCAGACUUCAGGUAUUACUGAACAGCCAGACAUUACUGAACAUAGAGUUAUUUCAAUAAAUGCACCACAGAAACAAAAAUUUUGUUCAAACAGAAUAAGUACAGCAAAAUAUAAUUUUUUUUCCUUUCUGCCAAAGUUUCUAUUUGAACAGUUCAGAAGAUAUUCAAAUAUUUUUUUCUUAUUUAUUGCACUACUUCAACAAAUUCCAAAUGUAUCUCCUACUGGAAGGUAUACGACAGCAGUUCCAUUGAUAUUUAUUUUGACAGUUUCUGCAAUCAAAGAAAUAAUAGAAGAUAUUAAAAGACAUCGUGCAGAUGAUGCUGUGAACAAAAGUAAAGUAUUAGCAUUAAGAAAUGGUCAAUGGAGUUUGAUCAGAUGGGCAAAAGUUGCAAUAGGAGAUAUUAUUAAAGUUACAAAUGGCCAGUUUUUUCCAGCAGAUUUAGUAUUAUUAUCUUCGAGUGAACCAAAUGCAAUGUGUUAUAUAGAGACAUCAAAUUUAGAUGGAGAAACAAAUUUAAAAAUGAGACAGGGAUUAACUCAAACUUGCAAACUUUUGACAACAAAAGAUGUACAGCAGUUGGUCGGAAUUGUUGAAUGUGAAUUACCAAAUCGGCAUUUAUAUGAAUUCACAGGAAAUCUAAGGCUAAUGGGAAAGCAAGCUAACCCUUUGGGACCAGAUCAGAUAUUAUUACGUGGUGCAAGGCUAAGAAACACAAAUUGGAUAUUUGGUGUGGUCAUCUAUACAGGCCAUGAAACAAAACUCAUGAUGAAUUCUAUGUCUGCUCCAUUGAAGAGAUCAACAGUGGAUAAAAUUACAAAUAAUCAAAUUCUCAUGCUUUUCCUACUUCUGAUUGUUCUGUGCCUUGUGAGUGCCAUUGCAAGUGAGAUUUGGACAAAAGAACACUCAACUACAGACUGGUAUUUAGGAAUGGAUGAAUUGUCAACAACAAAUUUUGGUUAUACUUUUUUGACAUUUAUCAUUCUGUACAAUAAUUUAAUUCCUAUAAGUCUCCAAGUAACUUUAGAAGUAGUUCGAUUUGCCCAAGCAAUUUUCAUUAACAUGGAUAACAACAUGUAUUAUGAAGAAACAGAUACACCUGCUAUGGCUCGAACAUCAAAUCUUAAUGAAGAACUUGGCCAAGUGAAAUAUAUUUUUUCUGACAAAACAGGAACAUUGACAUGUAAUAUUAUGGAAUUUAAACGUUGUUCAAUUGCUGGAGUUAUGUAUGGGGGAACUGAAAAAUUUGAUAAAUCAGUAAUAUUGAAAAGUAUCAGAGAAAACCAUCCAACAGCUCCAUAUAUUAAAGAAUUUUUCACGUUAAUGGCAGUAUGUCAUACUGUAGUACCUGAGUUAGAUCAACGAACACAUGAAAUUUGCUACCAGGCAGCUUCACCAGAUGAGGGAGCUUUAGUGAAAGGUGCUAAAGAUUGUGGAUUUAUUUUUACAACCAGAACACCUGAAUAUGUGAUGAUAAAUGCUAUGGGUACAGAGCAGCAGUUUGAAGUUCUCAAUGUGUUAGAAUUUACUAGUAAUCGAAAAAGAAUGUCUGUUAUUAUAAGAGAUCAAAAUGGAAAAAUUAAGUUAUACUGUAAAGGAGCAGAUACUGUGAUAUAUGAAAGAAUGAAAGAAAAUCAACCAUACAGAGAAACAACUCUUCAGCAUUUAAAAGAAUUUGCAACUUGUGGAUUAAGGACAUUAUGCUGUGCAGUUUCUGAAGUUUCAGAAGAAUUUUAUCAGGAUAACAACAUGUAUUAUGAAGAAACAGAUACACCUGCUAUGGCUCGAACAUCAAAUCUUAAUGAAGAACUUGGCCAAGUGAAAUAUAUUUUUUCUGACAAAACAGGAACAUUGACAUUUCAUAAUCUAAUUAAGCCAACAGCUCCAUAUAUUAAAGAAUUUUUCACGUUAAUGGCAGUAUGUCAUACUGUAGUACCUGAGUUAGAUCAACGAACACAUGAAAUUUGCUACCAGGCAGCUUCACCAGAUGAGGGAGCUUUAGUGAAAGGUGCUAAAGAUUGUGGAUUUAUUUUUACAACCAGAACACCUGAAUAUGUGAUGAUAAAUGCUAUGGGUACAGAGCAGCAGUUUGAAGUUCUCAAUGUGUUAGAAUUUACUAGUAAUCGAAAAAGAAUGUCUGUUAUUAUAAGAGAUCAAAAUGGAAAAAUUAAGUUAUACUGUAAAGGAGCAGAUACUGUGAUAUAUGAAAGAAUGAAAGAAAAUCAACCAUACAGAGAAACAACUCUUCAGCAUUUAAAAGAAUUUGCAACUUGUGGAUUAAGGACAUUAUGCUGUGCAGUUUCUGAAGUUUCAGAAGAAUUUUAUCAGGAAUGGAAGCACACUUAUUUUAAAGCAAGUACCUCUAUGCAAUAUAGAGAACAAAAAAUAGAAGAUGCUGCACAAUUAAUUGAAACAGGUGUUCCUGAAGCUAUUAAUGAUUUAUUAAAAGCAGAUAUAAGAGUAUGGGUUUUAACUGGAGAUAAACAAGAAACAGCAAUUAAUAUUGGAACUGAAAAAUUUGAUAAAUCAGUAAUAUUGAAAAGUAUCAGAGAAAACCAUCCAACAGCUCCAUAUAUUAAAGAAUUUUUCACGUUAAUGGCAGUAUGUCAUACUGUAGUACCUGAGUUAGAUCAACGAACACAUGAAAUUUGCUACCAGGCAGCUUCACCAGAUGAGGGAGCUUUAGUGAAAGGUGCUAAAGAUUGUGGAUUUAUUUUUACAACCAGAACACCUGAAUAUGUGAUGAUAAAUGCUAUGGGUACAGAGCAGCAGUUUGAAGUUCUCAAUGUGUUAGAAUUUACUAGUAAUCGAAAAAGAAUGUCUGUUAUUAUAAGAGAUCAAAAUGGAAAAAUUAAGUUAUACUGUAAAGGAGCAGAUACUGUGAUAUAUGAAAGAAUGAAAGAAAAUCAACCAUACAGAGAAACAACUCUUCAGCAUUUAAAAGAAUUUGCAACUUGUGGAUUAAGGACAUUAUGCUGUGCAGUUUCUGAAGUUUCAGAAGAAUUUUAUCAGGAAUGGAAGCACACUUAUUUUAAAGCAAGUACCUCUAUGCAAUAUAGAGAACAAAAAAUAGAAGAUGCUGCACAAUUAAUUGAAACAAAUUUGAUUCUUCUAGGCGCAACUGCCAUUGAAGACAGGUUACAAGAAGGUGUUCCUGAAGCUAUUAAUGAUUUAUUAAAAGCAGAUAUAAGAGUAUGGGUUUUAACUGGAGAUAAACAAGAAACAGCAAUUAAUAUUGGCUAUUCUUGCAGACUAUUAAAUCAAGGCAUGCCAUUGCUCGUUAUUAAUGAAGACAGUCUUGAUAAUACAAGAGAAGCCAUCAGACGUCAUACAUUAGAAUUUGGUGAGCUUCUUCGUAAGGAAAAUGAUGUUGCACUUGUUACAGAUGGGAAAACAUUAAAAUAUGCAUUAACAUCAGAUGUUAGACAUGAUUUUGUUGAUAUCGCUCUCUCUUGUAAAUCAGUAAUAUGUUGCAGAGUAUCACCAAUGCAAAAAGCAGAAGUAGUAGAAAUGGUUAAAGCUUCUACUAAAUCAGUGACAUUAGCAAUUGGGGAUGGUGCUAAUGAUGUUGCCAUGAUUCAGGCUGCACAUGUUGGAAUUGGCAUAAGUGGUGUUGAAGGUUUACAAGCUGCCUGUGCAUCAGAUUAUGCCAUUGCCCAGUUUCGGUUUCUUAUUCCUUUACUAUUUGUCCAUGGUGCAUGGAGUCAUGCACGUCUCUGCAAACUUAUACUUUAUUCUUUUCAUAAAAACAUAUGUUUAUAUGUUAUUGAGCUUUGGUGGGCUAUACUAAGUGGUUGGUCUGGACAAACAUUAUUUGAGAGGUGGUCAAUUGGUCUUUAUAAUGUGAUUUUUACUGCUGCUCCUCCUGUGGUAAUGGGCUUAUUUGACAGGACAUGUAGUGCAGAAACCAUGAUGAAAUUCCCUGCUUUAUACAAGCCAUCACAGAGUGCACAAUAUUUUAAUGUAAAAGUUUUCUGGAUAUGGAUUGUAAAUUCUAUAUUUCAUUCUGUACUGUUGUAUUGGUUGACUUAUUUAAGCAUGACUCAAGAUAUUGCGUGGUCAAAUGGUAAAGAAGGUGGCUAUCUUGUACUUGGUAACAUGAUAUAUACAUAUGUAGUUGUGGCCGUAUGUCUAAAAGCUGGAUUAGAAAUGAAUGCGUGGACAUGGGUAACACAUUUAGCAAUAUGGGGAAGCAUUGCAAGCUGGUUUCUAUUUUUAUUAAUAUAUAGUAAUUUUUGGCCAUCUCUUCCUAUAGCUGCCGAUAUGGUGGGAAUAGACAGAAUGGUAAUGAGUUCAGGUGUAUUUUGGAUGGGAUUGAUAAUUAUUCCAUUAAUAACACUAUUAGGAGAUUUCACAUAUAAAGUAAUUCAUCGCACAGCAUUUAAAACUUUAGCAGAAGCUGUUAGAGAAAGUGAAAUUGCAAAUACUGAUCCAGGAAAAGUUAUUUUACAUGCUACAAAACAAAGGCUUACUGAAACGGCUAGGCUUCUCAAGAAUGUGUUCAGGAGACCUUCAACUCAUGUUUCACAGGUGCCUCUUGAAAUGGAACUUCAACAGUAUGGAAUUCAUAAACAUGAUGAAACUCAAAUAUUUUCAACAAGAUUGUAUUCUACCGAAGAACAUGGUUAUGCAUUUUCUCAAGAAGAGCAUGGCGUUGUUCCGCAGAUGGGAACUUGUUUGUUCCUCUGUAAUAAUGAUGCAUUUACCAUUCCGUAA